UUUGGGUGAAUCGUCUAAGUAAACAUAACAUCCAACUAAUGUCAAUCCUACCUAUUAACAUAUCCCGCGCUACGAAUAAGGCUGUUUAAAUCACAGGAAACAGGUAGUGGAAACAUCCUUGUAUUUGCUUUCUCAGGUUGAGUUAACUUUAGUAAGAUGGCAAGCGAUAUUAUCCUAAACUGCGUGCUCGGUGGUCUAAUUCUUGUGUCAUGCCAAUGCCAAGCUAUGACUGCUUCCUUGAGGUUAAGAGGACCUUUGAGUGAAAAUGGAACCGGUCGUGUUGAGGUAUUUUACAAUGGAACCUGGGGGACGAUUUGUGACGACGGUUGGGAUAUAAAUGAUGCCAGGGUUGCAUGUCGUCAACUUGGUUAUGAAGAGGCUGUUAGACCUCUCAAUGCGGAUGCUUGGCAGGUUCCCUCUGGAUCUGGAAAUAUUUGGUUAGGUCACGUGGAUUGUACCGGAAAAGAAGAAAGUUUGGCGAACUGUUCCCAUGCGGGAUGGGAUCACAAUGCUUAUUGCAAUCACUUAGAAGAUGCUGGUGUAGAAUGUAGAACAGUCAGGCUACAAGGACCAUCGAGUGCAAAUGGAACAGGUCGUGUUGAAGUAUUUUACAAUGGACAGUGGGGAACAAUUUGUGAUGAUGGAUGGGAUAUGAGAGAUGCUAAGGUUGUGUGUCGCCAACUUGGUUAUCAGGAUGCCUUCAAAUCUCUAGACGAGAUUCCUUCUGGGUCUGGGCAUAUAUGGUUAGAUAACGUCGAUUGUACUGGGAGAGAAGAAAGUCUUGAAAGAUGUCCUCAUUCAGAAUGGGGAAGCCAUGAUUGCACUCACUCUGAAGACGUUGGAGUGGAAUGUAGAACGGCAGGCGAGAGUUUACCACUGAGAUUACAAGGGCCGCUGAGUGUCAAUGGUACCGGACGUGUUGAAGUAUUUUACAAUGGAAUCUGGGGAACAAUUUGCGAUGAUGGAUGGAGUAUGGAGGACGCUAGAGUUGUAUGCCGCCAACUUGGUUAUUCGGAUGCUGCCAGAAAUCUUCUUGGGGGACAAGUUCCACCCGGUUCAGGACCUAUAUGGCUAGAUGUGAUCGCCUGCACUGGGGAAGAGCAAAAUAUAGCAAGUUGUUCUCAUAAUGGUUUGGGAAAUCAUGAUUGUUCACAUUCCGAAGACGCUGGAGUGGAAUGUAGCACAACAGACAACGAGUACUUCCUACAUCAUAAAAUUUCGGUUUUGUUAACAUGA